CUUGAAUCAUCAAAUUCUUCGUAUCUUACGCACACACACAUACGCGCGCACGCACAUUUUUUGGUUUGGCAGUUGUCCGCCGGUCGAAAUGGAGAUCACGAUCUUAUGCGAAAUCUUGGCAAUCCUCGAUUUUCUUGUCAAGGGCCCUGCGACAAGAUCAGUCCAGGACUGGGACUAUGAAGAAUAUAUGGAGAAAACUCUGGAACAGAUCGCGGGAAGAUUGAGAUACUCGAUGGCAACCAGAAAAAUCAAAGAACACCUUUUGCAAGCGCUGCAAGCAAGAAGAAGCUAUCCCGAUGAUAUGCUUGGUUUACUUCUCCUUCAUGGCAGCUCCACGAUCCCACUCGACCGCGAGAGUGAACGACAAAUUAAAGAGUAUGUGAAGGAGCUUUAUCUGAGGGAAAAUCGAGACGGAGUGCCUCGGCCUCGACGCUCAGCGGUCGUGUAUGGCCACAUUGACCUUGGUUCACAGUUCUUCUUCGAGAAAAUGGAUCAGGAUCUAGACGUCGAGAUGACAAUAGAAGAAGAUGACCCAAUCGCUACGGACGAGCACGAGACGGAUCAUGGCCGUAUGGUUAUCGCUAUCGACUUCGGUACAACAUUCACCUCUGUUGCGUACACCGUCAUACCGAGAGGCGCCUUACCGGAAGAUAUGGACUUACGCCACGUGAAAUGCAUCGGAAACUACCCAGGCUACGAACCUCCGCCGGGUAAACAGGAUUUUCGGGAGGAUGUGCCCACUGAGUUGUGGUAUGACCAUGGACACACAGGAAUUGUGGGACAGCAACCUGUCAACACAUCUAACGAUGGCUGUCAAAGCUUAGUUAACGAUGACGAAGAGUCAAGCAGCGAUGAUGACGAGUCCGAGGAUGAAGAGUCGCGAUUGUUUGACGAUAGUAAUGGAGUCGAGAACCUUACUGAAACACAGACUAGAACCACGGCGCUGAGUACAGUAAAGCAAUACUGGGGUUACGAGGUUCAGCAAAAGCUCAACGUUAUGGGAGCCCCUCGAGACGAGGCUCGACCACUUACUAGAAUCAAACUCAACCUUGUUUCCAAAACCAACACUGAUCACAUCCGGGAUGAUCUCCGGUUGACGCUGACAGAACUAAGGAAACAAGGUAUUAUCGCCAAGGACACAGAUAUCUACAGGCACUAUCUGACGCAUCUGCUGAACCAUACAAAGGAACAACUACUUUCUUCGAAUGAUCUCCAAGAAGACAUGUUCAUCGAGUUUGUGUUGUGCGUACCAGCCAAAUGGCCUGUUGCCGCAUGUCGAGUUAUGCAGGCGGCGCUAGAGGAGGCUGUAAAGGACGUCGGUUUCACCAAAAACGCCGAGGACGACGUUUGCAACUUGUUUAUGAUCUCGGAGCCAGAGGCUGCGGCUGGGUGUAUCCUUGCAGAGGCGAGAACUAAGCUUUACUGCAAUGAGACAGUCGUGAUCCUUGAUGCGGGAGGAGGCACAAUAGAUGCUGUCACUUACAGAUGCGUAAAUGGCAAUCCCGUGCGGUUGGCCGAGGAGGUCAUUGCCCCCGCUAGUCAGUUACUUGGCGCAAGCUUCAUCAAUGAAAGAUUCGAAGAGAAGCUACUCGAGAAGCUCGCAAAUGAGACAUACCUCAUUGAUGACUUUUACAAUCCAAAGACACUGAAAAGCAUCGUGGGAAUCAGAACAACUAUCUUCGAGAAUUACCAGAAGCGGAUCAUCGAUACCACUAAGCAUAGAGAAGGAACGUAUCAAGUGCAGAUCGAAAACCUCAGAGCAAACACCAGAAAAGGGCUCUACCGAAACAACCUAGAGCUGAAGCGAAAAACCAUGAAGAGUUUUUUCCAGCCAUCACUAGAUUGCGCGAAAGACGUUCUCGAGGAGCAGUUGGAGCUUGCGGAGAACAAGAAUCGACAAAUCGAGAAGGUCAUUUUGACUGGCGGGUUCGGCCAAUCACCUUCACUUCAGAGUCACCUGAGAACCUACCUUGCGAAACGUUCGAAGUCGACAGAAAGAGAAAUUGCUCUUGUUGUUCCACGAAACCCAUCGACCGCAGUAGCUAGAGGCGCGGUUCUCCGAGCGCUCAACAAACGGUUUGGCCCAAGUCGCAUCACACAAUGCAGUUAUGGUUUCAUCUUCAGUGAACUAUACGAUCCUCAAAACAUUGAAGCUCACCGCAAAACAACGUAUCGGAUCAACCGUGUCGAUGGGGAACGAUACGUUGACGAGACUAUUCGAUGGGUGUUACAAGCAGGCGAAAGGGUGGAGAACAUGCAAGCCUUCACCUUUCACGUGAAGCAUACCUUUCCCUUGACAAGGAAGAAGCUUUUGAGCGCUGAACAGCUAUGGAUGUCUGACAAACCCGGAAAAAACCAUUACAGGAAAACCAAUGCAGAGAACAAAGGAGCUGUCAUGGUCGGCUUUCUCCAGACAGAUUUGACACGAUUGAGAGAUGAAGGUCGUAUCGAGCCGCAGCACCCAUCCGUGUUCAGCACACACGCAGGCUCUCAGAAACGCUACUGGGAAGUCCACUACGAGGUUGCGUUGAUCGUGGAAGGGAGAAGUAUCCGCUUCGAAGCAAGGUACCCUGUGAAAGAUGCCUUGCGCCCCGGAGAACAACAGGAAGUCCUCGGAGCUAAGCUCGUUGGCAUAGCUGCAGCAUUUGCACCAGGUACUGCAUGAAUGAUGGCGAGAAAUGUCUGCACGUAU